AUGAGUGCUGCGAGUUCUGCUUCCGUCCCUGAAGUGGUAGAGAGAAAUGCUGACAGGAUGACUGACUCAAAGGUUUCACUUCCUUCCGAGCUUUUUUCAGGGAAUCCGCAGCUUCCAGCGGACGAAAAUAACCACUUUAUUCCCGUUUCCUUGCAGAGACCCACGACGAUCUUCGCGUAUUCGAUGCUGACACGUUGCUACACCACCGAAUUCGAAUCGAUGAAGAAGCUCGUGAAGGAGGGAGGGAUCGAAGGCUGCUGUCUCAAGGAGAAAGAACUCCUCGAUCCCAACGACAACAUGGUCAAAGUGGUCCUCGAAGUGGAAGAAAACGGGCUUCCUUGCAAGGUCUGCUGCAAGAUUUUCUUCGCCACGCAGUUUGCCGCGAUUCGCGAAGCUCGCGAUGCGUUCAGCUAUCUCCUCUCGCUGAGCAUUUGCCAACCGCAAGACACGCAUGGCGGCAAAAGCGGCGCCGUGUUUUACAUCACGGGCGAUUCUCGGUAUCUCGUAAAGGAAAUCAGUUCUCGAGAGUUCGAAAUGUUCGUGACGAACGCUCACUCCUAUUUCCAAUACAUGGCGAAGUGUCUCUUCCACGGCCUCACCUCGCUGCUGUGCAAAGUAUUCGGGAUUUACCAGACGACGGUGAUCGACUCGAGCAAUCGCAAGACGGUGUCGCAUUAUGUGAUGGAGAAUUUGUUCUACAACCAGAAGAUCGUGGAUAAAUUCGACCUGAAGGGAAGCAGUCGGAAUCGCUAUGCGAACGAGGGCUGUGGGUCGGAGGAAAACACGCUGCUGGAUGUGAAUUUCAUGGAGAGACGGAAGGGAAUUCCGCUGCCCUUGCAUGAAUCGUCGAAAAAACUGUUGAAUAUUGGAAUUCUGAACGACACGCUGUUCUUAUAUCUGAUAAAAGUGGUGGACUAUUCGUUGUUGGUGGGGAUCAAUGAAGAGACGCAUGAAUUGGUGGUCGGAAUCAUUGAUUACUUCCGUUGUUACGAUGUUCUGAAGAAGAUCGAGAACGGAGUGAAGUCGGUGGGGAUGAUUAUCGGAGAGAAGGCGCCUACCAUUGUGCCUCCUGAGGAUUAUAAGAAACGAUUCCGCAUUAGCAUGGAUAGCUAUUUUGUGACCAUGCCAGACCAGUAUUUCCAGUUAAAACACUAAAAUAGACGU